AUGGUUUACAAAAUCAGAAAUAAGUCAUUCUUCUGGACUAGAGCAGGAUGGAAAAACAAUUGGCAUCCUAAGAAUUUUAAUGCCCCAAGACCAUCAAGCUCUGAAUUCACCAUCGGUAUUAGAUGUCGUUAUGAUCAUAAUUCAUUUUUGAGAGGCAAUGAAAUAAAUUUUAUUUAUUAGCUUACCAUUCAUACAGAAAGAUCUCUAGACACUGAAUUGGAAGAAUUAUUUUAGAUGGGUUUGAGAACAUUUUUCAUUGUGCCACACAUUGCUGAAUGUCAAGUCACUCAAAUCAAGCAUGGUGGUGAAAGAAGAAUGGUUGAUUAAAUCGAUAGAGAUUUUGAAUUGGUAUCUUACAAUUCUCAUCCAUAUUAAUUGUUUACAUACUCUGUUUGGAAUUAAUAUUUAGCCAAUCAACAAGAAGCUUAUGAAUAGAGAAAGAAUGGUGGCCAGGCUAUUGAGGAUCAAGUGAUCGAUCAUAUUAGUGAAUUGGUGAAGGAUGAAAAAGCUAAAUUGGGAGCUGGAAAACAAUUGAGCAUUGAGAAAACAGCAGAGAUUGUCAUGAAUGUGAUGAGACAAUUGAGAGCAGCCCAAUAGAGACCCAAUCUUAAUAAUAGACGUGCUGAUGGAGAAUUUGAUGACUUCCUUGAGUAAAGAAGACCAUUCACAGCUCCAAAUAACUAAUCAGCUACUCAUUGAGCUGAUUAUAUUAAAAACAAUAUAUAACAACUUAUUAAUUAUAUUAUUUAUGUAUUA